AUGGCCGGCUUUGGCGACACCAUCGCCUCACUUCUGGAAACAUAUUCCAAGUGUCUGUGUCUCCUGAAGGGCCUAAAGGGGGCUCGUGGGAACAAGCAGCCUCGACAACUUCGAAGAAGCAUUCGCUCCGACAGGUCCAGGGUUCGAAGUGUAUACUCUUCAAAGCUGUCCGUGGCCGGGACUCAUCUUGAAAAGGGCGACGCCGUGGCUCGAUCUUCUGUGCGAAGAGUGAUUAAGCGUCUUACAUCGGCCACGACCAACUUGCUUCAUCUCAUGACCAGAGGCCAGAACCCGGUCAUUGACUACCAGUCACUCAAGACUCUGUCCAACUCAUCGCGUGUCGACGCUGUCAAAGCGAUCAAUGACCUGUCACGGAGACUUAGCACUCCGUCCUUGAAGUCUAGCUCGUCCGGGUCAAGUAAGAAGCAGAAGCAUCCGAAGAGGAUGCUUGCGGCAGACAGCAAGUCCAAGUCGAAGGACAGGGAAGCCUCGGAGCGCAAACUUCUCAAGUCUGCGGCGGAGGCGAACGAAACAGAGACCAAACCUGGAAACCCUACCUAUACACAGCACCUCAAAGCCGAGAAACGUAUGUCCAUGGCAACGAUGUCAUCAGGCAGCACCAAGCUUGGCGAGAUUGCCCCCAACAAGUUGCGACGAAGGCCAUCGGAAAAGCCGGCAUCGACAGAUCAGUUCAGCGUGGCGCCAACAUACCCGUUGAGACCUUACCAUCAACCGGAGGUCAAACGCAAGAGGCUGUGGGGGCUUUUCGGGUGA